UCUUCACAUUAACCCUAAUUCACCACACAACUCAACAAAAAAAAACUCCGAAACUCUUUAGAUCUACACAUCUCUCCCAAUCUCCACCAGGGAGAUCUAAAGAUGGUGUCUGACGCUAGCAAGAAGAAGGCUGCUCAGAAGAAAGCCGCCGCCGCCGCCAAAAGAGGCGGUAAAGCAGCCGCCGCAGCUUCUAAAUCCGCCGCUACUUCUUCAAACGGAGUUGAUAGCUUAUCCAGCAGCGUCGAUGCUCUUCAGAUAUCUGACCGGACAUGUACCGGAAUCCUCUGCUCUCAUCCACAAUCCAGAGAUAUUCGUAUAGAGUCUUUGUCUGUAACAUUUCAUGGUUAUGACCUUAUUGUUGAUUCGAUGCUGGAGCUUAACUAUGGGAGACGUUAUGGUUUGCUUGGAUUGAAUGGUUGUGGGAAGUCUACUCUCUUAACUGCGAUUGGACUUAGGGAGCUGCCGAUUCCUGAUCACAUGGAUAUAUACCAUCUUUCUCAUGAGAUUGAAGCUACUGAUAUGACUUCUCUUGAGGCUGUUAUGAGCUGUGAUGAGGAGAGGUUGAAGUUGGAGAAGGAGAUUGAAACUCUUGUUGAGCAGGAUGAUGGAGGUGGAGAGCGUCUUGACACAAUCUAUGAGAGGUUAGAAGCAAUGGAUGCUUCAACCGCGGAGAAGCGUGCUGCUGAGAUUCUGUUUGGUCUUGGUUUCGACAAGGAGAUGCAAGCUAAGAAGACUAGAGAUUUCUCUGGUGGCUGGAGGAUGAGAAUUGCGUUGGCGAGAGCUCUCUUCAUUAUGCCAACUAUCCUUUUGCUUGAUGAGCCCACAAAUCAUUUAGAUUUGGAAGCUUGUGUCUGGUUAGAGGAGAGCCUGAAGAACUUUGACCGCAUCUUCGUGGUGGUAUCCCACUCGCAGGAUUUCCUGAAUGGUGUUUGCACAAACAUCAUCCACAUGCAAAGCAAGCAGCUCAAAUACUACACUGGUAACUUCGAUCAGUACUGCCAGACACGUUCCGAGCUAGAAGAGAAUCAGAUGAAACAAUACAGAUGGGAGCAGGAGCAGAUCUCCCACAUGAAGGAGUACAUCGCUCGGUUUGGUCACGGUUCAGCCAAACUAGCUCGUCAAGCACAGAGUAAAGAGAAGACUUUGGCCAAGAUGGAGAGAGGUGGACUCACUGAGAAGGUAGCAAGAGACAGUGUACUCGUUUUCCGAUUUGCUGACGUGGGGAAGCUCCCACCUCCAGUGCUUCAGUUUGUGGAAGUCUCCUUUGGGUACACACCUGACUAUCUUAUUUACAAGAACAUUGACUUUGGUGUGGACUUGGACUCGAGGGUGGCACUUGUUGGACCCAAUGGAGCUGGGAAGAGUACUCUGUUGAAGCUCAUGACUGGUGAGCUGCAUCCUACUGAAGGAAUGGUGAGGCGUCACAACCACUUGAAGAUUGCUCAGUACCAUCAGCAUCUAGCUGAGAAGCUUGACCUGGAAGUGCCUGCGCUUAUCUACAUGAUGAACGAGUUUCCAGGCAACGAAGAGGAGAAGAUGAGAGCUGCUAUUGGUAGGUUUGGUCUAACCGGUAAGGCACAAGUGAUGCCGAUGAAGAAUCUCUCUGAUGGACAGAGGAGCCGUGUGAUAUUUGCGUGGUUGGCUUACAAGCAGCCUAACAUGCUUUUGUUGGAUGAGCCGACAAAUCAUUUGGAUAUAGAGACGAUAGACUCUCUAGCUGAGGCGUUGAACGAGUGGGAUGGUGGUUUGGUGCUGGUGAGUCAUGACUUUAGGUUGAUUAACCAGGUGGCUCAUGAGAUAUGGGUGUGUGAGAAGCAGUGUAUUACUAAAUGGAAUGGUGAUAUUAUGGACUUCAAGAAGCAUCUUAAGGCUAAAGCUGGACUUGAUGAUUGAAGAUAAAGUCAAGUCACAAGACUCUGAUUGGGUCGUGUGCUUAGAGAGUGAGAUGGAUUUUGUUUGGUGAAUGGUUUUGGGAAGAGUUAUUAACGAGUUCUGAAGCCAACACGUUAGAGAGAAAGAGACAACCAUACUCGUAAUCUCUGCAGUUCUUGCUCAUGAAGAGGUCAGUGAUUCUUCUAUAUUAGUAUUGUUAUCAUCAUCUGCAUUUUUAAUUUGUUGUUGUUUAACGUUUUUGAAGGCGAAACAGAGAAAAAGUAAUAUUUUUACUUCUACUGUACGACAUUUUAUUAUUGUUACAAGACUGAGAUGUUGACGAAUAUUGUAUUAUUUAAUACUAGUAUUAUCAAAGUGAAAAAAAACAAGA